AAAUAUCUGCUGGAGCGAGGUCAACCAGCCCGACCUCCACGUCACUUAGGCGAAGGCGGCAGGACCAUAAGCGACAUUCCCAGUCAAGCUCCUCGUCAGCCACCGCUUUGUUCCGUACCGGGCAAACCCCGGCCGGCGAUUGGCAAGGAGCAGCAACCAGCACAACAAAGUGGCGUUGUCGGGCCGCCGUUCCGCACCAAGCCGCUGGUUCCAGAAACCGAGGUUCAGCUGAGGAUGAGUCGGACAUAGACGGGCUUGCAGAAGAGAGCGCUGUCCUGCGAAUCACGAACCACCACGUGGAUAUGGACCUAUCGGCAGACGACACAGAAACAGGCGACAGCGUGCGAGCAGUCGCAUGGUCCGACGAUAGCGGGUUACUCGUAGUCGAAGCAGACGAUGGGAGCGAGAUCAAAAGCAACGGUAGAGGGGGUGAACGUGCUGUGAACGGCAAUGCCCUAGGGAGAGAUAGCGGAAGGCAGAAAAUAGCGGCGAAGGAAGAGGAGGGAAUGGGGGAAGGAGAGGAGGAGCUAGGGGUGGCUAGCGAACUCCCUAUACCGAUAUUAUCUUCCGCAGAAGAACCCAAACGGCCGUACGAGUUCAAGAUCCUCAAGGAGGAGCUGAAGUUCUCACGCUACCUGAAUGUCUUCAACCGAGUGGUCGAGCAUCCCCCCCAGCCUCUUCCCAACGGUCAAACCCUUCCAGCCAGCAUGACCCGACCAGCAUCGGACGAGCACCCGGUCGGCGGCGAUUGUCUGCUAGCGGAGGAGUUCGGGGUGAUAGAGGAGCGACCAGCGAACAGUAGCGGGCACUCGGGCGGGUGGAUAGGGUACGGGUUGGAGCCGGGGCAGGGGGAGCAGCGGGCGGAGCUGUGGCCGCAGCAGGUGGUGGAAUACGAUGUGGUGGCGGCUAAGACCAAGUCGUGCCACUUUGUGUGCGUGCUGCCCUUCCAUUCCAAGACCCAGACUGUUACUUUACUGAAGGAAUACGCACAGGUACGUGGAGGAACAUCGGGAAGAGUGCUGCCACAAGCCCACAGGGAGCGAAAUCUUUGGAAUACACAGUGCCUUUCUCUCCCUCCCUUUGUCUUUUUGAUUCUCCCUGUCUCUCUCUCUCCCUCCAUUUCCUCCCCUUCCUCCACCCGCCUUCCUCCCCCUUCAUUUCGUCCUCUCCCUCCACCUGUCCCUCACUGGCAUGCAUCUGACUGCUUUUGCCCGUCUCCCCUCCCAUUUCCCCCCUCUCCCUCCGUCUCCCUCCCACUCCCUCCCUCUCCCUCCCACUCCCUCCCUCUCCCUCCCUCUCCCUCCCUCUCCUUCCCUCUCCCUCCCUCUCAUUCCCUCUCCUUCCCUCUCCUUCCCUCUCCUUCCCUCACCUUCCCUCACCUUCCAUCUCUUUUUCUCUCCUUCCCUCUCCUCCUUGUGCCUGCCUGCUCUGGAGAUCUGCACAUGUGUUUUGAAAUGUCUCACAACUUGCUGCCUCUCCUGACCUCCACCUCUCCCUCUACCUCACCCCUGCGUGGCCCGCAGGGAGCGAACGCGCUGGUGUACACAGUGCCGUGUGGGGGGUACACGGACAACCACACGUCCCUGGAGGACUGUGCUCGCAGAGAGCUGUCUGAAGAGGCGAAGCUGUGUGGAGGGCAGCUCAUCAAGCUCGUGGGGGACGACCACCCUGGUCUGCUUGAGGUGAGUCGUCCCGCCUUUCCACGCUCAUCCGUUUCUUCCUGCUCCACUCGGUGUGCGCUCCUUGCCCUUUCGGCCAAACACAGGCGCGAUGACCUCGGAGGUCUCGACGACCUAACAAGGACGACCCCGACCCUCUCCACGGGAUCUAGAGGGGUUCAUAAUGGUUCACCACGUGCUAGUGGGGUCCCUGCACUCACUCACUCCUUAUCUCUUCCUUGUCGCUUCCCCCAUUCCCCGUUCUCCACUCCACAGGACGACUCCGACCCUCUCCCAAGGGAUCUAGAGGAGUUCAUAGAGGUGCACCGGGUGCCGGUGGGGGACCUGCAGGGCAUGGCGCUGAGUGGAGACAUGCUGCUGCCCUCCGUGGUCACCUGCACCAUGGCUCUGCAGUACCUCAAGGACAACGGCUGGCUGUAA